AUGGAGAGCCCUGGAGACGAAUCGGAAGAUAUGCGACGCGAUACGAUAUGGAGUGAGACCAGGAUGGGGGAAGUAGGGACCACCGAAGCGAUCCGACCGCGGACGCUGGAUCUUGACGCCGGAAGUAAGGGCGGAGAUGGAGGGAACCGUGCUACUACGACUGAAACGUCAGUGUGUCAUCCGGAGAUGCGCAGAAGCCGAAGUAUAUCUAACCCAGAAGGCAUUUACGAUCCCGAAGUCGGAUGGGAUCCGAGCAAGGUUGAUACUCAAUCCGAAAUUGAUCAACGACACUGCAGUUUAACGCAAAUUUCGAAUGGAAGAGUAUUUGCCGGGGAAGCUCAAUCUGACAGCAGACGCACUCAGUCGAAGGGGAAAUCUGCUGAGAUUCUCGUGGACAGUCAAGGCAUCCGAGAUAUUGAAAAUAUAUCACAUGUGGCACCUACAGACCUCGAGCUCGGAAACAGAUCUAUUUCCGACAGAAUACUACGAGCAGAAGGCUCACCACGCGGCAGUAAAGGAAUUACACGCAUUUCACCAUCAGUGGAACCAGAAUAUUCAUUUGUUCACGCCUCCGGAAGUUUUAGUCGGUCAAGUAAUAGAGAAGCUAGACAGGGAAGCAGUCGAGGGGAUAUUAAUAGUCUCAUUCUGGACAGCCGCGACCUGGUAGGGAAAUUUGAUGGCGCAUGCCAAAGCCAUACAUUUCCUACCGGAGGGAGCUGGACAUUACCCUCAACCAUUGGCGAGUCAGUUGGAACGGACGGCACCACCAUGGCGGUUUUUAGCAGUGUUUUACAGCCCCUCUCGGAACGCCGCUAUCAGUCUCCAUUCUCUGAAGGUUGUGGAGAUGGACGACGCAGGGCACGUCUCAACAGCGGCGGACUUGCCCCGGGGACUAUAGCGAACUAUGAUCGCGCGUUAAAAUACUUCCGUGAUUUCGUACUCUUCAACAACAAGAGUUCAAACCAUUUUCAGACAUAG